UUCAUGUCAGGCCACCAGUGCAGUUUCUCUUUCCCCCAAAGCCUACUGAAAACAGGAAAAAAAGAGAGGAGAGCAUGGAGUUCAGCUGGCAGACCAGGGAGCCACUUGCUGUUGCAGGGACACACCUGGUGCUAGCUGUGGAAGUGCUUCUCUCUGCUGCUCCAUCUGGGAGGUGACUGCUUCACCACAGUCCUCUGAAAGCUUCUAAGAAGAACGGUUAGUUUUCUGAGGAGCCAGCUGAGGGUGAAACACAAGCAGUGAAUAGAGUGACAACUUGUGCGCUGAUUGCCACAAACCUGCCAGGUGACCAUGGCAUCUGAAUCUCCUAUGAAGAUCCCCAUUUGUUUAGUGGAAAAGUGGAAUGAGCAGCUGACAGUGAAUUCAGAAGCCUUGAGGAUUCUUGAAAAGAUAUGUCAACCUGUGGUGGUGGUGGCCAUUGUAGGGACAUAUCAUACGGGGAAAUCCUACCUCAUGAAUCAUCUUGCAGGGCAGAACUAUGAUUUAAUGCCUGUAUCCCCUGGCAGCUUUACCUCUCAGGUGUCACUCUAUGUUGUCUUCUCCUCUUUCUUCCCCCAGGGCUCCACAGUGAGGGCUGAGACCAAGGGCAUCUGGAUGUGGUGUGUGCCUCACCCCAGCAAGCCAAACCACACCCUGGUUCUCUUGGACACUGAGGGCCUGGGGGAUGUGGAAAAGGGUGACCCUAAGAAUGACUUCUGGAUCUUUGUCCUGGCAGUGCUUCUUAGCAGCACCUUUGUCUACAAGAGCAUGGGCACUAUUGACCACCAUGCCCUGGAGCAGCUACACUAUGUGACUGAACUAACACAACUAAUCAGGGCAAAAUCUGACUUCAUGCCUGAUGAAGUAGAGGACUCCAUUGAGUUUGUAAGUUUCUUUCCAGACUUUGUUUGGACUGUUCGAGAUUUCAUGAUGGAGCUGAGGAUGGAUGGACACCCCAUCACAGAAGAUGAGUACCUGGAGAAUGCCUUGAAGCUGAUUUCAGGAAAGAGUGAAAAAAUCCAAAAUUCCAAUAGGUCUAGAGAGUGUAUCAGAUGUUUCUUUCCAGAACAAAGGGCUUUGACUCGCCUGUUAUCCCACAUUGAUAAAGUUCCACAAAACCAGCUGGAAAGGAAUUUUCAGGUGCAAUUAAAAAACUUCUGUUCCUAUGUCUUCACCAAUGCAAAGACCAAGACCCUGGGAGGGGGAAUCAUUGUGACUGGAAAUCGGUUGGCGACUCUGGUGGAAACCUACAUAAGCAUCAACAAAGAAACCAUUCCUUGCUUGAAGAACGCAGUGACCACUCUGGCCCAGUGUGAGAACUCAGCAGCCCUGCAGAAGGCAGCUGACCACUACAGUGAGCAGAUGGCCCAGCGGGUGCAGUUCCCCACAGACACGCUCCAGGAGCUGCUGGAGGUGCACACAGCCUGUGAGAGGGAAGCCAUCACAGUCUUCAUGGAGCACUCCUUCAAGGACGACAAUCAUGAGUUCCAGAAGAAGCUGGUGGACACCAUAGAGAGAAAGAAGGAAGCUCUCUUGCUGCAGAAUGAGGAGGCAUCUUUAAAAUUCUGUUGGGAUUGGCUAAUGUGGCUUUUAGCACCCCUGAUGCAAAGCAUUUCAAGAGGAGCGUUCUCUGUUCCUGGAGGCCACGGUCUACUCGUAGCAAAGGGUAGUGGGGUGGAACAGGGCUACAAGGUAGUGCCCUGGAGAGGAGUAAAGGCAAAGGAGGUCCUCCAGAGCUUCCUACAUCCACUGUCUGCCAUAGAAACCAUCGUGCAGUCAGAUAAAGCCCUCACUAAGGGAGAGAAGGCCAUAGCAGAGGAGCGGGCCAAGAAGGAGGCAGCUGAGAAGGAACAGGAGCUGCUAAGGCAGCAGCAGAAGGAGCAGCAGGAAAGGAUGGAGGCCCAAGAGAGAAGCUUCUGGGAAAAUAUGGCAGAGAAGAUGGAGAGAGAAAGGGAGAACAUUCUGAGAGAGCAGGAAAGGGUGCUGGAGCACAAGCUGAAGGUCCAAGAAGAAUUUCUUACUGAAGGAUUUAAAGAAAAAUCUGAGGCAUUAAGUAAAGAGAUAAAUCGACUAAAUGAAGAGAUUGAAGCAUCUAAAAAAAACAGUCGCUCGAUAUUUUCACAGAUCCUUACUGGAGUUGGCAGUGUUUUCCUUGCAGUACUCCCUGGGGCUGGUAAAAUAGUUGGUGCAGUGUUGACUCUCAUAGGCAGUCUUUUGGAAUAACCUGAGGAUUCCUGAUAGGAAAUUAUAAAAAGAGGCAUCUUUUAUUUGAAUAGCUACUUUUUAAGGUACCUGUGUCAUAUCAGUUUCAUUCAAGAGAUGUUCGAGAAUAAAAAGCAAUUAUCAAAGAUUAUCAGAGUAUAUUCUGAGAAACAAUAUUUAUUGAAGAAAUCAUAAAUGACUAAGACAAUAUGAGAUGAUUUCUAGAGAAGAUUUUAAGUAAAACAAAAAUUUAAAUAGCAAUAAUGAAGAAAAUAUUUGAAAUUCAUAUAUGAGGAGCUCUGUGGGAAGUGACUAACAACUGCAUUAAGUAGAAAGAAACAUAAGAAAAAAAUUAAAUUUACUAAUAAAAAGUGUGCACAAUAAAACUGUGAAGCACAUAGUUUUGCCUUCUUAGUGGGUAGUGAAGAACAGGUUUAAUAAUAUACAUAAAAAUUUAAAAUGCACAUACCUCUGAUCUAGCAAUUCCACAUAUAGGACAUUCUCUUAUGUAUCUCUUCACUCAAAUGAAAAUGAUAUUUGUAGUGGUUUACUUAUUUCAGGAUCAUGAUGAUUACAAAAGACUGGAAGCAACUGAAAGUUCCUGUCAGGUACUGAUAUGGGAAAUCUUAAGACAUGCUUUCAGAAUAAUACCCUAUAAUGAUUGUUAAAAGGAUGGGGGGAGUUGUAUGUGUCGGGAAACAUCUCCAAGAGGCAUCUUAAGUGAAAAAAUAUAGAAAGUGUGAAUAAUUUAUAAAAUAAUGAGUAUGUACAUAUGGUAUAACCUACAUGUGGAAAAUACAAAAUAAACUAGUAUAUAUGUCACAAUAGGAAGGCACCUGUCCAGUUGAGGUGAAAGAAGACAGAACAACUAACUUUAUACUAUAUUUUCUUCCAUGCCUUAACACUUCCUAUGGAUUUGUUAUAUUCAAACAAAUAUGAAUUCAAUUAGCAAAAUUAAAAAUGAAAUAAUACAUGACUGGGAAUAUCCCAUGACAUGAGGAAAGUGUUUAAUACUACUAGAAAUAGCAAAAGUCAGCUCAACUAGAAAAGUCUGCUCCUGAGAAUAAGGAACUAGAGACCACAAGACAUCCUGAUUUUUUGUUUUUAAUUACGACCUUUCAAUAAGGCCUUUAACAUCUAUUCCCCAGUAUAUGUUCAGAUAGAAGUCUCCUGCGAUUUUGACUUGAAUGGUCUACAAAUUCUGCCCCAUAUUAAUAAAGAAGGGAAUUUUUUCAUUUGAGUUAAUUCAACAUUUAUAGAAUAAUAAUAAUAAUAAUAAUAAUAAUAAUAAUAAUAAUUUUUAUUAUUUUGUGGUGCUGUGGAUUGAAGCCAUGGCCUUGUGCAUGCCAGGCAAGUACUGUAUCAACUGAGCUAAAUCCCCAGCCCAACAUUUUAGUAAUUCUUUCCAGGUGUCUAGUGCUUCAGAUUUACAGCCAGAAUGAACUCCUAGUAAUUCUACAAGCUGGGCAUGCUCUCUUAACUCUGGACCUUUACAGAUACACAGAGGCUUCCUCAUCAGCCCAGCUUCCUCACCUCUUAUCUUUAUUUGUCAACCUAUGAUAUUCCAUGAAGUCUCCUGUCUAACUUCCUGAGAUAGGAUGGAGCGUCCCUCCCCUCUGCUUUCAUUGUGCCAUAUUGUCACUCUACCAUAGAGCUUUUUUAAAAUAUAUAUAAUUGUGAAAUUGAAAAGUGCUUCUGUCUAUCACCUCUUGAUCUGAGGUACAUGGUCUUCUUCCCCACCCGAUCUUUAGUUCCAAGUACAAAGCCCAUAAGUACCAGGUAUGAACUGUUUAAACACAUGAGAUGCCCUUCAGUAGGGCCCCAGUUGACCAUGUCCUCACCACAUUUCUCAAUUUCUAAGGCUCUCCAAAUAAAGGAUAAUAUUUGAGGAACUAGUGCAGAAGGGACUCACUGAAACUGAGAGGACUUGUCCACUGGUGUGAAACUGCUGCCUAUUAUCUCUGCAGGACUGGACACCCCAUGUCCCUGAGAUCCCCAAGCUUCUUACUCAUAGUAACUACCCAGGAAUGAAAUCACUAAUGUAUUUCCUAGCAAAAUAUGAUUUUAAUAUAAUAAACAAAGUGCCAUAAUCAUGCAAACCUCACUUCUGCCAUAGUCUUUCUAUCAGUCUAGGCUGGUUCUGCUGAAAUAAAACUAGGCAUUUUAUAUAAAGAUUAAAAAAUCUCCCUGAAAAUAAUACCCACAGGCUGUCAGAGGAAUCUGCAUAUUGUCCACAGAGCCAGGAGACAGCAGCAUUACAAAUACUUCCUUGUUUCCUCCUUCUUACUAAGGUCCUAAGAGCACACCUGUGCUAUCUUGGGUCUUAAAGUAAUGGUCAGUCAUCUUUUAGUUUCCCCAACCAAAGCAUAUAUACAGAGGUUUCUUCCACUGGCAACAGAAUUCCUGCUGCUGAGUCAAUCCCCAAGGGCUUGCUGGUCUCUCUAAGGAAUGUCCUAAACACUGCACAUUGGGAUGGUCUGGUAAAGGACAAUGAGGGGGCAGGCAAAAUCUCUGGUGCCCCAUCACAUCUCCCCAACACACUUGUCCAGCAAUGCAAUAUGAAACCCUCAAAAAGGAAAUGUUGGCAUAUAAUUAUAGCUAUUUGUUCAUAAGGAAAGGGUCAGAAGUGAGGUAAAUAAAAUAAUAAAAGAAGAGUAAAAAAGACUUCCCCAUCCACCCAGUUUAAAUCUUUGUCAUAAGUUGUCAUCUGUUGGGUUAAUGUUUAUAGACACCCAAAAGAAGUUUGUAGGCAGAAGGCCCCUCACAUACUUGAAAAUAAAUAAGUACUUGUUGAAUUUUU